AUGAGAACAAAGACAAAGAGAAUUCUAACCAUUUUCUGUCUUUUUUUUAUCUUUGUUUUUUUUUGUUUUGUUUUUUUUUGCUUUUUUUUCUCUCUCUCCCUCUCUUUCUCUCUCUCUCUCUCUCUCUCUCUCCUUCUGUCUUUUGAUAUUUCUUUCAUUUUUAGCAAAUCUACUUUUUUAUCAUUUUCCACCAUUCGAUGGUUUUUCUUUUCUUUCUCCGUUCCUGUCUGCCUUCCUUCGUUCAUCCCUUCCUUUGUAACCUCUUUUUGUUUUUUGUUAACCUCUUCUUUCUUUCUUUCUUUCUUUCUUCCUUUCUUUCUUUCUUUCUUUCUUUCUUUCUUUUGUAACUGCCGCCCCUUCAUCUCCAUCACCUUUCUUUCUAUUUUUCUAUCUUUCUUUUUUAACCCCUUUUUCUUUCUUUUUUCUUACUGUAUUAAAACUAUAAUUCUCAUCUCAUUCAUUUAUUCAUUCAUCCAUUCUUUCUUUCUUAAUUCUUUCGUUCGUAACCUCUUUUUCUUCUUUUUCUUUCUUUCUUCCUUCCUUCCUUUCUUUCUUUCUUUCUUUCUUUCUUUCUUUCUUUCUUUCUUUCUUAACCAAUCUAUAUUUCUGUCUUUCUCUUUGCUUUCGUCGUUGUUUCUUCAAAACUCUUUCUUUCUUAACAUUUCCAUUUUCUUUCUUAUUCUCUUCCUCUUUUCCAAACAUUAUGACACUCGUUUCAUUCAUUCUUUCAUUCAUCCAUUUUUUUUCUUUCUUUGUUCUUUCGUUUGUAGCCUCUUUUCUUUUUUCUUAAUAUCUAGUUUCUUUCUUUCUUUCCUUCUUUCUUUCUUUCCUUCAUUCCUUCCUUCAUUCUUUCUUUCUUUCGAAUCUAUUUACUUUCUUGUUUUGACCCCUCUUUUUUCCAUUUGCUCCGCUGUUCCGUUUUGUUUUCCAUUUAUUAAUAUUUAUAAGUUUCCACCGCCUUUAUCCACAUCCUGCUUCUUUUCGUUCGCCGUUCCUAUUUUUCUGAAUCUUUUUCAUUAUUUCCGUCCCUUUUUUUUUCCUUCAUCCUUUCUUCUUUCCACGUUCUCUCAAAGAGGUUUCUUGUUUGUAAUCCUCUUGGACUUGAAUGUUAAUCUGUUUUUCCUCUUCCUUUUUUUUUUCUUUCCUUCGUUUACUCAUUCAUUCCUUAUUUUUGAUAUUUGUUCUUUAUUUUUCUUUCUUUUUUUCAUUCUUUAUUAUUUUUCUUUCUUUCAGUUUUUUUUCCUUUUGUUCGUAGAUUCAGACAUUUUCUUCUUUUUUUCUUUCUUUGCUUCUUUUUCUUUCUUUCGUUUGUUCUUUCAUUCCUGCUUUAUUUUUGACACUCUUUCUUAUUUCUCACCCUCUUUCUUUCUUUCAUUCGUUUAUUCAUUCAUUCAUUGGUUCGUACCUUCUUUCCUUAUUUUUUCAUUUUUUCAUUCAUUUCUCGAUUUUUUUGUCUUUCAUUCGUUUAUUGACUCAUUCAUUUGUGAAUUUUUGUUUUUCUUUCUGUCUCUUAUUCGUCUAUUGAUUCAUUCGAAGUCUUUCCACUUCUCUCUCUCUCUCUCUCUUUCUCUCUCUCUCUCUCUCUCUCUCUCUCUCUCUCUCUUUCUCGGUUCUAUUCUUUUUUUCAUUCAUUUCUAA